GCAACUGCUGUUAGCAAAAGCAUCCACGGUGUUGCGCUGUUUGGCGCCAUUUUGAUUCAAAGGUGUACGCUUGAUGUGUUUUUGUUGGUGGUGUCAAGCAGUUUUUCCUGCACAUUUGUGGAAUAAUCAACCUUCCUGGCAUUGAUAAACGACCGAUUGAAAGCGAACACAAAUUGGGCAUUCCUGAAACGCUUACUGGUGUGACGGGUAUUGGCAUAAUGGUGUGGUGAAACAAGAAGGGCGAAGCAGCCAUGCCUAAGGCUGUGCAACCAACACCUACGCGAGUCUUCUACCCCACGGGGGUAAAAGAGGUGUCCGACGACCUCAGCACCGAUGACUUGGUGCGACGACUCAAGGAAUGUGCACAGGCAUUCCAAAAUAUGAGCCAGGACGAUGACAACAGUCGAUAUGUUGGGCUUGCGUUACAUCUGGCAGGGGAGGGCUUCAUGGAGCACAGCAGCAAAGACGUUCGACUCCUGGUUGCUUGCUGCAUUGCAGACGUCUUUCGUGUGUUUGCACCAGAGGCUCCAUAUAAAGAUCCGCAACAGCUCAAGACUAUCUUCAUGUUUUUUAUUGAACAACUGCGAGGCCUCGAAGAUCCUAAGGACCCAACAUUCAAACGCUAUUUUUAUCUACUUGAGAACCUGGCAUGGGUCAAGUCCUUCAACAUUUGCAUUGAACUGGAAGAGAACCAGACCAUUUUUAGACACCUUUUCUCACUCAUAUUUUCAAUUGUCAAUGACAACCACUCAAGCAAAGUGAAGAGCUUCAUGCUGGACAUGAUGUGCCCUCUCAUCACAGAAGCCGACACUGUUUCUCAGGGGCUACUGGACAUCAUUUUGCUACAAAUUAUUGAACCUCAAAAAACGCACAACAAGAAUGCUUAUGGGUUGGCAAAGGAUAUUCUGAAGAGGACACUGAGUACCAUAGAGCCCUACAUACAGUCAUUCUUCAACAAUGCCCUGGUGCUGGGCAGGACAUCCGACAGUGCCUUGGGCAACCAUUUGUACGAAUUAAUCUACGAGUUAAACAUUCUUUGUCCCAGCAUGUUGACGGCUGUACUGCCUCAGUUGGAGUUUAAACUGAAGUGUAAUGAUGAACGGGAAAGAUUAAGCGUGACGAAAUUACUGGCACGCAUGUUCUCGGACAAAAAUUCUGACCUGGCAGCACAGAAUCCGCCCCUGUGGAACUGUUUUUUGGGCAGAUUCAAUGACAUAAGUGUCCAGGUUCGCAUGCGGUGCGUCCAGUACUCUAUGCACUUCCUCAUCAAUCAUCCCAGGCUCCGAACGGACAUCACAGAGUCACUUCGGCAACGGCAACAUGACCCAGAAGAAACUGUACGCUACGAAGUGGUGAUGGCCAUUAUCAGUGCAGCUAAGAAAGACUUUAGCUCCAUCAGUGAAGAACUGCUCAACUUUGUGAAGGAACGUACUCUAGACAAGAAAUUCAAAAUUCGACGCGAGGCACUAUUAGGGCUCGCUAUGUUGUACAAGCAGCACAUGAGCAGUCAAGAGCUGCCACAGUCUACAAUUGACUGCAUCUCGUGGAUCAAAAACAAAGUGCUGCACGUGUAUUACCAGACUGCAUUGGAGGACAGAUUGCUUGUGGAACGCAUCUUGCACACAUGCUUGGUGCCUUAUCAGCUCCCCAUCGAGGAACGGAUGCAAAAGCUGUAUCAGCUCUUUGCAACAGUUGACGACCACGCUGUCAAGGCAUUUAACGAGCUUCUCAAGUGCCAGUGCUCAGUGCGUAACCAGAUGAAGAGUGUGGUGGAGGCUCUCCUUAUGCCUGCUGGUGAAGAAAGGGAGAAACAGUUACUCACUCGUGUUGCCAUGCUGUCACGGAACCUGCCUGAUUCUGUGAAGGCACAGGAGUAUCUCAUGAAGUUCUGCAAUGUCCUAGAAAACAAUCAACGGUUGCGUAUUCACAUGAACAAUGUUCUCCAAGGUGGAGCCUCGUGUGCAGAAGCAGAGCGCAGUGUUAAAGAGGUGCUCAAGGCUCUGGGCUAUCCAGUGCAGACCAACAGUUUCUACAUGAUAAUUAGGCAGAUGCUGGAACGAGUGGCCCCUGUAAUGGUAGACCAUACGGGUGUCAAGCAGGUCCUGUCCUAUGUGCGUGACUCCCUUCUUGGUCCAGGAGACAUCGAUUUGCAGCUAGGGGUCACAUCAUCUGCAAAUAGAGGGCUGCGUCUCUUGCAUAUCUUGUCCCUGGUAUUUCCGGCUGCAUUCGUGGGUGAUGAAGUAUAUAACCAGCUGCUUGGGUUUCUAAGUUCUGACGAUGAGGCAGCCACUGAGCUUACUCUUCAGAUUCUGACUCAUGUCGGAACAGAGAUUGACCAGCGGUAUCCAAACAUUGCCCUGCGCCUCCUGCCUGUAGUGCAAAACUUCGUGGAGAACGGCUCUGUGCGGCAGGCAAAAUAUGCUGUGGCUUGCCUCAACACAAUUGUCACCAACAAGGAGCGGAUUUUCAGUCAAGUCAUCGAUCAUUUGAAACAGCAUUUCACGUUGGAGUCUCAGUACUUCAGGACAGCCCUAGUGUCACUCGGCCACAUUUCCAUGCACUGCCCCGAUCUCUUCGGAGCACAGAUAAAAAGUAUAGUCUCUAAGGUAGUGGUCAAAGAGCUCCUCAUGGUUGACAGGGAAGAGCCAAGGCUAACAGAGACAAACUGGGAUGAGUUUGAGUCUCUACCAGAGGAAACUAAAGUUAAAAUGGAGGGCAUGAAGAUGAUGGUGCGGUGGCUUCUAGGCAUGAAAGGAACCUGCACCGGCAAAGCUAACGAACUUGCCUUUUCCUCGGCAACCUCCACCCUUCGUUUACUGGUUACGGUCCUGACUCAUAAUGGAGACCUCAUGGAGCGGGACCAUGUAUCUGCAGUAGAGAAGUCAUGGUUUCGAUAUGCUGCAGCUACCUGUAUUCUUAAAAUUUGUUGCUGCCCUGCCUAUGCAGAUGUGCUUACCCACGAGCAGUUUCAGAAGCUAGCCCUCGUUUUGAGGGACGAAUGUGAGGAUGUGCGGGAUAAAUUUGCAGCUAAACUGCACAAGCAUCUGUUCUCAAUGCGACUGCCACUGCAAUUCAUGGCCAUAUUUGCUCUGGGUGGGAUGGAAGAAAGACGUCCCUUUAAAAGUCAGCUUAAACAGUACCUUCUGUCCAACAUCAGCAAGCGGAGGGAUUACCUUAAGCAGCAUCCUAUCACCACAGUGAAACUAUUCACAAUUCUACCGGACUACAUCAUUCCAUAUGCCAUUCACCUACUGGCCCACAACCCAUGCCUAAUAACGUACGACGACGUGCCAGCACUCAACGAGAUUAAAGAGUGUCUAUGGUUCCUCAUGGAGCCCUUGAUCACCAAAAAUGAGAACUACAGCUUCAGCUUUUUCAAGCGCCUCAUUGAGAAUAUUAAGCAGACGAGGGACAGUCAAUGUUCUGAUGACCGACAAGCUCAGUUGAAGCUGUAUGCAGUGUGUGACCUGGCACUGGGUCUUGUUAUGACAAAAACCACCAGCUUUGUGUUGAAAGAUUUCCCUCAAGAACCCGUGUUGCCUUCCAAACUGUACACAUUGCCAGACAAAUUACAAAUGCCCAACGUGAAAACUUACCUGCCACCUGAGCUGAUAUUCCCAACUCCGAAGAAUGCUGGCAUUGACAUGGGAGUGCACGGCGGCAGGCGGCCUCGGCCCCAGCUGGCACGCCAGCAACAGCGACCCUCCGCAGCUCGGCGACCGGCACCGAUGCGACCCGCCGUCCCCGCUGUCCAGCCAGUGAAUGCAGCAGCUCCACUGCCUGACAACUCAGUGUCUCUGGAAGUCCAGGAAGUAACCGUUUCAGCCAUGGAUGACACUGUUAAUGUAGAGGGGGCACCAACCGAAGAAGGCUCUAUGGAAAUGAAUUUGGAGGUUAUGCCUGCAACAACCACUGUGCCAACAGAAGUUCCCACAGAGGCAACAACUUUGCAAUCUACAGCACCUGGUGGCACAACGUUGCAGGAGCAACAACAGGGCGGAGGAGCAGCAGUAGCCAAGGCAGGCAACGAACAAGUAGUGAUGUUACGUAUGUUACGGCCAACGAGGAGAACUGCAGCCAUGAGCCAAGUACAGUCAGUUGAGGAGCCUCCAUCAAAAAAGUCAGCUGGAGAAGUGCAUGCACAAGGGACGGUCUUGGAAGCUUCCACAGCUGAUGAAAGUGCUCCCACACUUACACAGCUCAGAAGGCCUCUACGAUCUGCUUCCAAAGUGUCUAACGGAACAGACGCAACACCUGGUGGUGGCUCCCAGAAUACUGCAGCAUAGCCUCUGUAUCCACCCACAAUGGCUGAUGUGGCGUGGAAACCUGGAAUCAGCCAAUAGGGGGGCUGUACAAAAUUCAUCUCAUGUGCUUGCUAGCCGCAGACAUCAUGUGUACUUAUACAUUUGUGUGCUGAUGACCCACAGUAUGCUGAUGCCUUUUUUUUUUUUAGGAUGUGUAUUUAAAAAAUUUUAGCCUCGUUCACGUCUUCAUCAGUAUCCUGAAUGAUCAUGCCACUGUAAUUGUCAUUGUGUAUUUUAGUUUAUGUCCCUCUUUUAUCUUUUGGGUAAACUUUAGCGAGCUCCGGAAAUUUUCUGCCUGCACAGACUUUUCUUCCUUCAGUUUUUGUCAGGGGUUAUUAGCAUGAAUCCCAGUAAUAUAUAUACGCGUACACAUACCGGACCAGCUGCUUGCUCAGGUGUCCAGACCUGUAUGAAUGAUGGUUGCUGCAUUUUAAUGUAAAUAAAAUUCAUUUCCGAUGAAAGA